AUGUACAUAAUCAUUAAUAUGCAGACCAUUUGUUAUUUGCUUACCUUGCUCAGAUUACCACACCGGAAAGGAAGAGAGGAGGACACCGCCGAGCUCCCGGAGGAGCUCCUGGCCGCGGUCUUCGGCCUCCUCGGCUCCGGCGACCGCAAGCGCUUCUCCCUCGUCUCCCGCCGCUGGCUGGCCGCCGAGGCCGCCUCGCGCCUGCGCCUCGCGCUCGACGCGCGGGACCCGCUCCUCCCGGCCGCCCCGGGAUCCUCCGCCGCUUCUCCGCCGUCUCCAAACUCGCGCUCAAGUGCGACCGCCGCGCCGACGAGCGUCGGCGACCCGGCCCUGCUGCGCUCCCUCCGCGCCGUCACCGACGACGGGGUCCACGCGCUCGCCGCCGCCGGCGUCAACCUCCGCAAGCUCUCCGUCGGCUCCCGCGCCUUCGGCGCCCGCGGCAUCGAGGCGGCCCUCCGCUCCUGCACCCAGCUCGAUGAGCUCUCCGUCAAGCGCCUCCGGGGCCUCGCCAGCUCGGACCCCAUCACCGUCCCCGGCCCGCGCCUCCAGUCCCUGUCCAUGAAGGAGCUCUACAACGGGCAGCACUUCUGCUGCGGUUCUUAUUCAUCUCCGAUGAUGUGCUCGUGGAGAUGCAAGCAGCAGCGAUUUGGGGACAGUUGCCCCGUAUCUGGAUGUACAUGUUCUGUAUUGUUCUGUUCUUUGUAG